AUAGUACGGAAAGUAAAGCGCGUCACCGUCGGCAGCUGUGUUGCUCUACAGUGCUGAGAGCGCAUCUUGUGUUCAUUAUACCUCCUUAAUACAGACCAAUAGCCACCUGCUAAAAUGUCCGAAGACAAACCUAAGGAGGGAGUGAAAACCGAGAACGACCACAUCAAUCUGAAGGUGGCAGGCCAGGAUGGCUCGGUGGUCCAGUUCAAAAUUAAAAGGCACACGCCGCUCAGCAAAUUAAUGAAAGCGUACUGUGAGAGACAGGGUUUGUCAAUUAGACAGAUUAGAUUUAGGUUUGACGGCCAGCCAAUAAAUGAGACAGACACACCUGCGCAGUUGGAGAUGGAGGACGAGGACACAAUUGAUGUAUUUCAGCAACAAACUGGCGGCUCCUGCUAAACUCAACAUAUGGACCACACAUGUAUCUAUUUUAUGCUCAUGAUGUUUUCAUUCACAUUAUUUCCCCUGCUCUCUCUCUCUCUCUCUUUUGUUGUCUCUAGCUUUCCUAGAGUGGGCAUCAAAAUGUGUUUCCUGUGAUCAAUAUUUAAACACAUGUUUUAGACAGCUACUGUGGUGGGAAAACAAACACAACCUGGCUGCCAGAGGGUGUAGUUGUUCAAAUUGUCCACAAGCCUCGUCUGCUAUCUGUUAGACCGCUGGAUUGAAUGUUGUUCAGCUAAUUCACUGAACAAGCCCAAAAUAGAACCAAUUGACUCCCAAUGUUUAUUCGCCCAAUAAAAGGUGGGGGACACUUAGUUUGUUUGUUUUUCAUCCCUUAUUCUAAAGAGCUUUAAGUACUCCUGUUUCAGCUCAGAUUCUAUUUGCCUGUAUGUGUUGUAGAAAUAAGUUCAAUCAGUGUUGUAUUCAUCUGCUUUUUUUAAUGGGGCUGCUUCUAAUUGGAGCUCACUGCAAGAGCGGGACUGUGGACUGUUGUGAUGGUCAUUUAAAAGUGUAGAGACUUGCUACAUGACACAAUUUGCAGACAAACCUUCUGGACCAAACCCCAAAGAUGGUACUCUGAUUGUCUGACAAGGGCACAAUUAUACCAACAACUUCUAAGUUCAUACUUUUUAAAUGUGUAGAAAUAUAUCGCUUUACCAUUCCCAUUUCCUCACAUAUCUUGACAGAGGAUGUAGGAAUGUCCUAAAAGACCAAUAUGUCCCGUUUUUAUUUUUAAAUCCCAUAACUACUACCAGAUCUUGAAGCUAAACAAAAGGGAAUCGUUUCAAGCUUUGUUGCAGAAAUGUAUCCAUCACUCAAGGACUGGUCUAAUCUCUUUUAUCAUCGAUACCCCUCCCGCUGUAAUUCAUAUGGUUCACAGGGAGAGAGGCUUUUAAGGGUUGACUCAAAGAUUUCCGGAUGUUGGCAUCUUUCUGUACUGAUUUGUACAUUUUUUUUUUUUUUUUUUUUGUCCU